CGAGCAGCGCAGCGUCUCGGCGGCUUCAGAGGCUGUAUGAGAGGCUGGACGGACCCGCACCGCCGCUGCACUGCCGACUGACACGCACAUUUGCAUUUACACGUAUUUCUAGUUGUGGUUCGUUCGUUUUGCGUUCGACUGGGACCCUCCGCCUCGCCACCAUGACCGCCCUGUCGCUGCUUUUGUUGGCCGUGUCGGCGGCAUCUGCACUGGCCGAGUCCACUGUGUAUUACCGAGAGCAAUUUGACGACGGGGGCGCCUGGAAGAGUCGCUGGGUGGAAUCCAAGCACAAGUCCGACUACGGCAAGUUCGUCCUGACUGCGGGGAAGUUCUACGGGGAUGCGGAGAAGGACAAAGGUCUGCAGACGAGCCAGGACGCCCGCUUUUACGCUUUGUCGACCCGUUUUGAUGACUUCAGCAACCAGGGCAAACCUCUGGUCAUCCAGUUCACUGUGAAGCACGAGCAGAGCAUCGACUGCGGCGGAGGCUACAUCAAGCUUUUUCCCUCCGACCUCAGCCAGGAGGAGAUGCACGGAGACUCCGUCUACAACAUCAUGUUUGGUCCUGAUAUUUGCGGCCCGGGCACCAAGAAAGUUCAUGUGAUCUUCAACUACAAGGGCAAGAACCAUCUGAUUAACAAGGACAUCAGGUGCAAGGAUGAUGAAUACACCCACCUGUACACGCUGAUCGUCAACCCCGACAACACUUACGAGGUGAAGAUCGACAACAAGAAGGUCGAGUCCGGCAACCUGGAGGACGACUGGGACUUUCUGCCUCCCAAGAAAAUUAAGGACCCCGAAGCCAAAAAGCCAGAAGACUGGGACGACCGGGAGAAAAUCCCCGACCCCGACGAUAAGAAACCAGAGGACUGGGACAAGCCCGAGAACAUCCCGGAUCCUGAUGCCAAGAAGCCCGACGACUGGGACGACGAGAUGGACGGAGAGUGGGAGCCUCCGAUGGUCACCAACCCUGAUUACAAGGGCGAGUGGAAACCCAGAGAGAUCAGCAAUCCGGCCUACAAGGGCAAGUGGAUCCACCCCGAGAUUGACAACCCCGAGUACACGGCCGAUUCUGAGAUCUAUAAAUACGACAGCAUCGGCGUGAUCGGACUCGACUUGUGGCAGGUCAAGUCUGGUACCAUCUUCGACAACUUCCUGGUCACCAAUGACCCAAAUCUGGCGGAAGAAAUCGGCAACGACACGUGGGGCAAAACUAAGGAUGCCGAGAAGAAGAUGAAGGAAGGCCAGGAGGAGGAGGAGCGAAAGAAACGGGAGGAGGAGGACAAGAAGAGGAGGGACGAGGCGAAGGAGGAGGACGAGGAGGAAGAGGAGGAGAAGGACGAGGAGGAGGACGAAGAGGAGGAGGAGGGCGAGGAGCACGAGGAGGAGGAGGAAGAAGAAGAGGAGGAGGAAGAGGAGGACGACGGCACAGACUCUAAACUCAAGGAUGAGUUAUAAACUCAGGAACUGCUCAGACUGUCUGUGUCGGUGAGCCAUCGGAACAAAGCUGGACACUGAGAUGAUCGACCCUCAUGACUGACGACUGGGGCUGGGCUUUUCAUUUGUUUGUUUACAAUGCAAGGGGAGAGGAAGAAAGGGCAAUUACUGUUCUGUUUUAUUAUUAUUAAUAUUAUUAUUAUUGAACAAGUAACAGGAAUAAUUCAAAAAAACGAAUGUCAACACCCGAAGUUCUAAAACUACAAGUUGUGCCCAACGCCAAUGUGUAAAUUGUCAUUUUACAAAAAAAAAAAAAACAAGUCUGGGUUUUUAUGAAGUAUAAUGUCGUGGUGAUAUGAGAAGCUAUAUUUGGUCUGUGGAUGAUACCAUGUUUUGUUUACCUCAUGUGUUUUGUUCAUUUCUGGGGGGUUUUUGUUUUGUAAAUGUUUUUGCAGUCAUUCACGUCGGUCUGAAAGGACCGGACGGGCCGAGGCGUCACUCUGCAGGUUCUGUUUCCUGCUGUUAUUUAAUUUCAAACAUCGGUUAAUGGCAUGGGAGCUGCAGCGCAUCAGGACUAACACUACAUCCAUCUGACAGCUUGUUCAAAGUACAGCCGUCUACCGUCGGGCAGUAACACGGGGCUGCUUCAGGAGGAAGUCCUCUGCAUAGUUUUGUACUGUAUAGUUAACACUUUUUCACUUCAAUGCACAUACUCUAGUGUCGUGUGUCUAAAUAAAACUGUACUCAAACUCUAGGUGUACGUUAAGAAACACUCCAGUAGCAGGAAAUCUUCCGAUCGUUCGGUUCACUUUUAGGUUUGCUCAUCGUCGGUGUUCGCGACCAGUUCUUUUUUUCUGACUCCAGUAUUUCUGCACUGCUGUACCCCAACACACUGUCCCACACAGUCUGAAAGAGGCUCCUUUUGUAAAAGACACAUUUUGUACUAAUGGUAGUAAAUGAAGUGGGACGAUUUUCAUGUUGCUGUGUUUAAAAAAAGAAAAACUA